GGGACAGCUUCCCCCGGUCUCCGGUCGCCUGCGGCGAGACCCGCGGGAAGGCCUGCGCCCUCGGCCCGCGCGCGGCGGGCCUCCCGAGCUACCAGCCGGCUCCUCCGGGGUCGCAGCGGGAGGGGCGGGCCCUGGAGCCGGGUCGGCCCCAGGCGGGGCCUUCCCGCCGGCUCCGGCUCCCUCCCGCUCCUCUCGCUGCCUUCCUUUACCCCGCGUCCGCCGCCCGCCGCGGCGCCCGGCGCGGAUCCGUUCCCUGAGCCGCUGCGGCGGGCGCUGUUUAGGCGUGGCCGGUACGGCUGCGAACGCGGCGGCCAGAGCUCCCUGCCCUCGGGAGCCCGCCCGGUGCACAGAACGGACGCCCUGGCGGGACUCCCCGUGUCGGGAGGCGGGCGAGUGCCGUCGAAGGAACAGAGGAAGAUAAUCCCCAGCGAUGGCUUCUUUUCGCUGUGUUCCCUGCCCUCUUCCCUUUUCAUGGACUAUUCGGGAAAACGAGGUGUGAGACCACAGCUGGCGCGAUCCUGCUGAUGAACCCCAAGUCCAGGGCGUUGUGUGACGCAUCGGGCCGAACAGCAGCUGCCCUGUGGGGCAUCGGGGGCCCUCUGGCUGGCAUCCCCCGGCCACUCCCAAACUUGUUGUCCGAGCAGAGCCAGAACUGACUCUGGGAGUUUGACGCAAGCAGCAGGGAGGAAUCUGGACCGCGGUGGAAGACUGGAAAGAAAGCUGCGCAAAAAGAUGCGGCAGGUAGUGCUGUCACAUGAGAGUCCAGGCCCACCACGCCCGCCGCCUGGGACCCCUGGUGCUGAGCUCCUGCAGGAAAGAGCCCUGCCAACCCCUCAGCAUCCUGCCUUUCGCAGAGCGGGAAGCCAAGGAGACCAUCCAGGAGCAAAGAGUACACUGAUGAGCUGGGCCCAGGACAGCGGGAAUGCACUGUUUCAGGACUCAGUGACGUUUGAGGACGUGGCGGUGCGCUUCAGUAGCGGAGAGUGGCAGUGUCUGACCCGCGCUCAGCGGCACCUCUAUGCAGACGUCAUGUUGGAGAACUACGGGAACAUGAUCUCGGUCGGUUUUGCGGUCCCUAAGCCUCCUCUGAUCUCCCAUCUGGAGCAAGGGGCCGAGCCCUGCGUUCAGGAUCUGCAGGACGGGGGGUUCCUGAGCUGCUCCUUCCCAGUAUCAGUGGACAGGACCUGGCUGGGGACUGAGAAGGCAAGUUCAGAACAGGAGGUGUUUGAGAGCGGGGAAGUCUGCUGGGUCCAAGUCAAAAGUCUCCUGAAAGCCCUGUCCCAGGACCCUGAGGCUGGAGGAGCUCAUGUCGAGGAUGUCAAGUUAGAGAAUCCACAGGACACGCCCGGGAUGGAGACCCUGGGCGGGGAGCAGGUGACCUACAAUGAAGGAAAGGCCCGAAAGGUCCUCAGAAAAAACUUCAAUGCAGACUCGGAGCGUAUUCCGUAUAGUGGAGCCCUUAGAGAACGGAAACCCCACCCGUGUGCCGAAUGCGGCAAGAGCUUCAGGUGGCACGCGGACCUGCUUCUCCACGAGCGCGUCCAUUCUGGCAAGCAGCCCCGUGCGUGCCCCGAGUGCGGGAAAGCGUUCAAGACCAGAAGCCAGCUUGCGGUGCACCAGAUCACCCACACAGGGGAGAAGCCCUUCCGCUGCGCCCCGUGUGGGAAGGCCUUCGGCAGCCCAUCCGCACUCUGCCGCCACAGGAAGGCGCACAGUGGGGAGAAGCCUCACGGGUGCAGCGCGUGCGGAAAGACCUUCGAGAGCAGGAGCCGCCUCCGUCUGCACCGGCUGGUCCACAGCGGGGAGAGGCCGCACGGGUGUGCUGUCUGCGGGAAGGCCUUCCAGUUCAAGCACUGCCUCACCCUCCACAGCCGGACGCACACCGGGGAGCGGCCGUACGCGUGCGCGGAGUGCGGGCGGGCCUUCAGCGGGAGCUCGGACCUCAGCAAGCACGCGAGAAUCCACACCGGGGAGCGGCCCUACGCGUGCGGCGCGUGCGGGAGGGCCUUCAGCCGGAGCUCGGACCUCAGCAAGCACGUGAGGACGCACGCGCGGGAGCGAGGCGGCGGCUGCCCGCAGUGUGGCCAAGCCUUCGGCAGCCGGGCGGAGCUCGCCCGGCACAGGAGGACCCACGCUCCGGAGAAGCCCUACCCGUGUAGGGAGUGCGGGCGCGCCUUCCGGCACAGCUGCAGGCGCCGGGCUCAUGAACGCGCGCACAGCGGGGAGCAGCCGUUCCCGUGCGCGCACUGCGGGAAGACCUUCCAGGACCGGCACUGCCUCGCCGUGCACCAGCGGGUGCACACCGGGGAGAAGCCGUUCGCCUGCGCCCAGUGUGGGAGAGCCUUCCGCGGGAAGUCCAACCUGACCAACCACCAGAGAAUCCACACCGGGGAGAAACCGUACGCGUGCGCGGCGUGCGGGAAGGCCUUCCACCACAGCUCCGUCCUGACGCAGCACAGACGGAUCCACAGCGGGGAGAAGCCCUACCCCUGCAGCGAGUGCGGCGCGUGUUUCCGCCAGCGCUCGGCUCUCGUCGGGCACCAGCGGGUUCACACGGGGGAGAAGCCCUAUGAGUGCGAGCAGUGUGGAAAAGCUUUCAGAGUGAGCGCAAACCUCACAGGACAUAAGAAAAGAAGGCACAGCGGAGGGGGAGCCCCACACUGAUGAGAGUGGGAAGGCCCUCUCCCCAGGACCCGUCCGACACUUCCCAGUAGUCGGUGUCUGACCGGCCACCCCUGGGGAGGCCAUUCUGUGUGUGCACUUUCCCGUUUCUCCUUCUGCUCCGGAGCCUGGUUCUUCCCGGCUUGCUGGCCCCCGCACCGAGCGCCCCAGAGCCGGACCUUCCACUGCAGUGUUGUAGCGAGCACGUUCACUUCCACUCAGGAAUAAUAGUAUCAAAUGCUUCUAGUGCCUGCCGCAUGCCGGCCACUCUUCUCACGACUUCGUUGUUUUAAUUCAUUUAAUCCAUAAAACGUCCCUACAGGAUGCGGACAUUAAGGCAUAAAAAGAUGAAACCCGCUGAGGAUCACUAGCUAGCAAGGUCUGCAGAAAUGCCCCCAGGGGCUCGGGCCUGCACCUUUCCCAUAGCCUGCAACACACCCCUUAGAUGGGAGGCUACGACUCAGUUCAGCACCGAGCAUGUUUUGGUUGAUAAAAUACUGAUCCUGUUUAGCAAGGUUUUUGUUUUGUUUUAACUUAAAGACUGAAUGGAACUUUUCCAUGUGGGAUCGGGAUUUCUGAGACGGGGAUGAAAAAGGAAGGCACGGGGCGCCUGGGUGGCUCAGUCGUUAAGCGUCUGCCCUCGGCUCAGGUCAUGAUCCCGGGGUCCUGGGAUCGAGCCCCGCAUCGGGCUCUCCGCUCCACGGGAAGCCUGCUUCUCCCUCUCCCACCCACCCCUGCUUGUGUUCCCUCUCUCGCUGUGUCUCUCUCUCUCAAAUAAAUAAAUAAAAUCUUAAGAAAAAAAAAAAAGGACAGGGGCAGAUUCGGAAAUUAGAGAUAAGUGGGAUUCAGCUACAUGCUGCUCCAGUAACAGUUUACGUACAGGAAGAGCAUGAAGCCCGUCUCCUUUGUUACAAAUACAUGAAAACAUCAUUGUGUUGAUUUCUUAAAUACUUGCUAUAUUUAUUUGUGUGAGGUAUGAAAUGCUGCUUUCAAAUGUAUUAGAAAUUUGCCUCUAUCUUUUCAAGUCUUUCAGUAUCUCUUAAAUUAUCCCCUUUCUCUUUCAGAUGUUACAAGUACUUUUUAUAGGUAGAAUUAAAAUAAAUACCCACAGUCAACAAAGCUGCUAACUAGAGAUUGAAAAUCCUAGGGGCGCCUGGGUGGCUCAGUUGGUUAAGUGUCAGACUCUUGAUUUCAGCUCAGAGCAUGAUCUCAGGAUCCUGAGACAGAGCUCCCCGCUUAGUGGAGAGUCUGCUGGAGAUUCUCUCUCCCUCCUCUCCCUCCCCUCCACUCUAAAAAAAAAAAAAAAAAAAAAAAAAAUUUAAUGCUAGAAGAAGAUGCAAAUGUGUCAACCUAAUUAACCUAAUGACCAUAAUUGAGAAUUAAAUUUAGUUCUCAGUUCCUUGGUUGGUAGAAAAAAAAAAGAGAGAGAGAUGAGCAAUGGAUUAUCCAACAUUCUCAAAGGUGUUUUACAAGUUAAGGCUUUUAAAAUAAUGACUUUAGGAAAUGUUAGCUAGGUGGGUUUUUUUAAAUUCCCUUAAAGACUUCUCAGAGUGUAUAAUAUGCUAAUCUAAAUCUUAAAGGAGCAAUAAAGCAUUGCUUUCCAAAAGUAAUUGACAACACAAUCCUGUUUGAAGCCUCUUCAUGGGCUCUUGUUUCAGAAAAAAAAACCUUUUGGGAAAUGGUUAUACAUUAUCUAAUACAGAAAAACAAGGUGUUCAAGAGAUGCGAUUUUCUAGUAAAAUUCCAGAGGGGAUUACAUGGUCUCUUGUUUUUAAACAAGGGUGGACUGAAACAUUGUUCCUUAGGUUCAGUUUCUACAGGAAACUAUUAUGUGGCCGUUUCUCACACUGUUUGUGAAAGCCAAGAUGAAAACGUUGAAGACAUAACUCAAUGGAAUUGCCUCUGUGGAGGACGAAAUUAUGGAUAUGUGGCUUUCCGGUGAGGAAAAAAAAUGACAUAAGGACAGAGUUCAGGAUACGUCUGGAGAAUUGGCAGUGGUUUUCCAGUUAUUUUUGAGGAUGAGAACCCCUUGUUUGGUGGUCAACAAAUUUCAGAUACGUCUGGAGAAUUGGCAGUGGUUUUCCAGUUAUUUUUGAGGAUGAGAACCCCUUGUUUGGUGGUCAACAAAUUUCAGCAACAUGCUCUCUCCCACCCAUGCACACACAGCAAUAGUUGUACUUUAAUGCUCGACAAAAUAUUGUCAUGCUGUCCUAGAAAAUCUGAGGUUUUAUAUUUCACAACAGCAUGUGUAAGCUUUUAGAAAAUAUAUGUACAUGUUCAGAACGUCUGUUUCACCCACAGACUAUGGUGUGCUUUCGGACUUUAGACUCAAAGUCAUCCCAGCUUGAGAAUGCAGCAAGAUGGCAGUUCCAGUUUAAAUUCUGGACCAUCCUUAAGUGUGGAUGUGUUGUGUUGUUGACUGGAGAGCUUACAUCUUCAGACACCAGUUAACUGGAGGGGGUAGCAGGCCCGACACUCUGUUGUGAAACUUUAAAGGCCUCUGUAUGGAGCCCAAAUACGAGCCUUCUAGACACCACCUUCCCCUGUCCAUCUUCCCCACGACCACUGUCUUCCUAGAACUCCGCUGUGAUCCAGACACCUGGUCUAAAGGCUGCCAACGGACUCAGUCCUGCAGUGAGAAACCCCAGAGGACUAGCUUGACCUCCAGGAAUUUUCGGAUGUUUCCUGAACAUCUAAAUGAGUGUUGUGCAAUAGAGAACAGACUGAGGGUUGAUGGAGGGAGGGGGGUAAGGGAUGGGCAUUAAGGAGGGCACCUGUUGUGAUGAGCACUGGUGUUGUAUCUAAGUGAUGGAUCACUGAAUUCUCCCCAAAACUAAGAGGUUUACUGAGUGUUAAACUAACUGGAAUUUAAAAUAAAAAUUAAAUAAAUAAUAAAAGAGCUUUGCGGGGGAAACACUGAAGAAAGUUCAGAUAUUUUACCUGUGGAAAAGUCUGUACUUUUAAAAGGGGUCCUAAACUGGAAUAAACUCUGCCAUAAGGUAGUAAAUUUGGCAGGAAUACUGUAGAAGGGGUUCAAAGAUGAGAUGCAUAGUUGAAUAAUAAAACAUAUUAGUACUUAAAACCCUAAGGUUUCUGUAACUAAUUCUGAAGAGUUACCAAAACUAGAGUUACUGAUUUAGUUACAGUUUACUUAGAAACUCACCAGGUAACACACUUUUUUAACCUAAUUACCUUAAUGCAAAAUCUGAGAAAAAAGUCACUCUGAACAUCAAUACAAUGAGAUUGUUUUCACUUUACCUUCACAACGGAAGUAGAGAAUGCCCACAUCACUGAGUUUUAAAAAGUGGAACAAGAUACAGGUUGAAGAUUUUGAACCAUCGGUGAACAGAGGUGUGUUUCUGUAGCUUCUACACACGGGUGCAGCUGGGUUCCCUGUGAUUACAGAGCAGGUUUCAGCCCCUGCCCACAAGAUAGUCUUCCACAGUUUUCAAGACAAAUCAAGCACUUCUUUUUCCACAAGGCAAAAUACCUAAAAUUUCUUUAGUGCUUUCUCGCAGUUUACUUUUUAAAAUGUUCAGGAAACGUCCGAAGAUUCCUGGAGGUCAAGCUAGUCCUCUGGGGUUUCUUACUGCAGGACUGAGCCCGUUGGCAGCCUUUAGACCAGGUGUCUGGAUCACAGCGGAGCUCUAGGAAGACUGUCGCGGGGAGGGUGGUGUCUAGAAGUCGCGGCCCCUCCUUGUGUUCCAUUGGUCUACUGUCUUUGCUUACACCAGUGCCAAACCGGUUAAUUACCAUAGCGUUAAAAUACCUUUUCACCUGGUGGAGUUAAGUCCUGUUUCUUUUUCUUCAAGACCGACGUGACCGUUCUUGGUCAAGGCUGUACUCGUUCAUGCGCUGGAACGCUCAGGGUUACAAAGAUGUCGGUUCUUGA